UAUCUACAUGAAAAAACUAAAAUCUUUCGGUUAGUCUAGUACAAUGUCGGAAGCUUGUCAGUAUUGCGGGCACAAUUUGGAACCCUACGGGUCCUCGACCGUGUUGUACAGAAAAGUGAGGGAUGAGGGGAGCUCCAACAGUUGGUGGUGUUUCGGUUCGAAGAGAGAAAAGAACGAGAACACUGGUCACCACGAUGAUAUUGUCGUUGGUAAAUAUGAAAAAAGAAGAAGUACUGUGGCGUUUAAUCAGAGACUUUCCAAUUUUGCUGGUGUCAGAAAGAAAAUUCAAGAUGCCAAAAUUGUGUCCUUGGUUGCUCCGUUCAAGCCUAAUCUCAAGUUUCUCAUGGUGUUUCCCUCCACUGAUUUGACGAGUGAGGCUCUUAAACGAGCAGCAGAAAAAGUAGGAUUCGAAAUUACUCAAUGCAGUAGUGUCGAUAGUGCCUUUGAUGAGUUCCAAUCGAAACAUCAUGAUUUGGUCAUGAUCGAUACUAGAUCUCUGAGGGCAUUGGAUUAUGAAACAUUAUGUCGAGCAAUACGAAGUUCAAAAGGCAGUCAACAUGCACCCAUAGUUGCGAUUGUAAAAAAAAGUCUCUUCGAACGUGAUGAUGGUGGAAUCCUUAAUUUGUUAGAAUGUGGAUUCAAUCGGUGCAUUGUAGAAAGCUCCAGUGUAACUAAUUAUAUCAAUGAAAUAGUGCAGUUGAAAAUAAGUGACAUGAAACCUAUGGCACAAAAGUCCACUACUCAAGCCUUGUAUGCAGCAUUAGACAGAUGCAAUGUCUUAAUAUUUAUAACUGAUGACAGUUUCAAAGUUCAGUAUGCCAAUAUCUUGAUAGAAAAGCUCUUGAAAAUUCGACAAGAGGAUAUUGUUGGCCGGAAUUUGGGAGAAAACGUUGCCUAUGAUCAGGGACAGUUGAAUAUUUUAGCAUCAUCUUUGUUGCGUGGAAGAGAAUGGAUGGGACAGAUAACUUUACAGAAAAAGAACCAGGAGGUAGUAGCAGUUGAAUGUAGUGCGGUCUCCAUUGCUUGCUAUGGAAGGUUACCAACUCAUUUCGUUCUAAUUUUUGAUAUGCCUGAUUCCACCGAAUCAUCUAUAAAAAUAAAUCGACCAUCAGUUGACCAGAGGAGGAUAAGUGACUUCAGAAAAGCCUCUCUGAAUAAAAUGAUGGCAUUGCCUCUUGAAGCUCCUAUUGUGAAGAUUAUUGGUUUAUUAGAUGAGGUGAGGAUGAAUUUGGGCGACAGUGAUUUGGUAAGGAAUAUCAACGAGGCUGAGGAUAUUUUGAAACAUUCUGAAUUAUAUGCAACUCAACUGAGAGAGAACUUCAGAGUGAAGCCUGAGGAACCAGUGGUCGCAGAUUUGAUAACUGCUUUGCUCAGUAACCAAGCCCAAAUACCGAAACUACCAACAACAAGAAGAGGAAGCACUGACUCUACAGUGAUAAGACCAUCAAAAGUUUUGAGGCGUCUUUCUACAGAGCUCGAUGAACUUCUUGAUACUGCUCUUCAUUGGGACUUUGAGAUAUUCCAUUUAGAAGAGAUGACGAAGCAUAGACCCUUGCAGCAUUUGGGGAUGUACCUCUGUCAGCAAUUCAACGUAGCCUCUGCUUUGAGUUGUGAUGAAAAAACAUUACAGAACUGGUUCAUUAUUAUCGAAUCACACUACCACAGUGAAAACUUCUACCAUAAUUCUACUCAUGCAGCUGAUGUGAUGCAGGCAACCGCAGGGUUUCUUCAAAGAGAACGGAUCAAAAUUAUUAUGGAGCCUCUGGAUGAGGCUAUGUGUCUACUGGCUGCCGCAGCUCAUGACGUUGAUCACCCAGGAAAAUCCAGUGCAUUCUUAGCUAAUUCAAGUAGCCCGCUAGCUGUGUUGUAUAAUGAUUUAACCAUAUUGGAGAAUCACCAUUGUGCUUGUAUGUUCAAACUCACCCUAGGAGAUGAGCGUGUUAACGUGUUCAGAAAUUUGGAUCGUGACACUUACAAAAUAGUCAGGAAUAAUAUAGUCGAUAUGAUAUUAGCUACCGAGAUGACUAAACAUUUCGAACACCUUACCAAAUUUGUGAAUGUUUUCUGCGCCAAAGCGGACGAAGAAGAUGAUACAGAGGGAGAUUUCAUAACUCUAUCAAAUCCAGAAAACAUCACUCUGAUCAAAAGAAUGCUCAUCAAAUGUGCCGACGUUUCAAACCCAACUCGACCAUUCAGGCUCUACGUAGAGUGGGCGAGGAGGAUUGCAGAAGAGUAUUUCCAACAAACUGACGAGGAAAAGGUGAAAGGAUUACCGGUGGUGAUGCCAAUGUUCGACAGAAACACUUGCUCGGUUCCCAAGUCCCAGAUAGGAUUCAUCGACUACAUCGUGAAUGACAUGUUCGAAGCCUGGAAUGCUUUCAUUGACAUGCCAGAACUGAUAUCUUACCUAAGACAGAACUACAUAAGAUGGAAAGAGUUUGAUGAACAGGGACAUAGAACAUUAGCAGACAUCAGGCUUCUCCAAACUAGUGUUCUGUUGGCACCUAUACUUCCUUCAAAACCACGAUCAAACCCUCGGUGAAGUAAUUGUUUUCCAUUCAGACAGAGGAGAAAUGAAAUUAGCUUUUUGAUUCAAUUGGUAUGGUUUGUCGAAGAGCAAAUCCACUUGGAUAAUUUUAAAAAUAACUAUUUACACUAUUUUAUAAUGGAUUUACAACAAAAUACAUAUUUAACCUCUGAAA